GAGCUAAUUGUCAAUGUCUUUGUUCUCUAUAUUUUAACGCUGAACAUGUUGUCAUUAGGUGUCUUGUCAUGAUGUCGCUUAUAUGCAUUUAUGUAUAGUGAAUACGACCUAUCUUUAAUCGAUUUUAUGAUGGGUAAGUGUCUCUCAAUGUGCUCGUCGAAAAGUAGCAUAAAUACAACAAAAUCGAUAAGCCAGUCAGUCGAAAGUGCUCAAACUGUUGACGUAAACGAAGCGACCGAAAAGAAAACAAAAUCGUAUCCACCGUCGUUAAAGGAUGUCGAUAUUCCCCGUACUUACGCUUUGAAGGAUGAUUACGACGAAAGCAAAAUACAGACAUUGUUUGAAAGAUAUAAAGACGAAAGUGAAGAUUCCAUCCUUGUCAGUGGUAUGGAACGUCUUUGUCAAGAUUUAGGAGUAAACCCAACUGAAUUCAGCGUACUUGCUCUUGCUUGGAAGUUUAAAGCAUCGAAAAUGUGCCGAUUUACGCGCAAGGAGUUCGUCGAAGGUUGUAGGUUGUUAAAAGUUGAUAAUUUGAACGCGAUGAAAUACAGUAUGGCAGACAUGGAGAAAGAGGUUCGACAGAGAAGGGAGGAUUUUCGCGAACUUUAUAGAUUCACGUUUGGUUUUGGCUUAGAUGUCGAGGACGGACAAAGAAACCUGCCGACAAAUAUGGCCAUACCUUUGUGGAGGCUUGUUUUUGGUGACGAUGCACCAACAUAUAUGGAUAAAUGGUGUCAGUAUUUGGAGGACAAUGGGGUGAAAGUGAUACCUCGAGAUACAUGGAACAUGUUCCUACACUUGGUAGAAUCUAUGAAACCUGAUUUUAGUAACUAUGAUGAGUCAGAAGCCUGGCCUAGUCUUUUUGAUGAUUUUGUUGAAGCACAUAGAACUAACAUGCCCAAUAUUGAUGGAACUACACCGGACUAAAUCAUUUUUCAUACAAACAUGGUGUCUCUAUCUUGAUGCAUUGUGUGACCAAUAGAAACUAUUCUGGAUUUCGGGCCUGUACAAAAAUAUUGGAUGUAGUUCUAUUAAAUGGCAUACUAUUGUGACUAAUUGACAACUGCCAAGUUCCCAGGCUAAUAUGAAUUAAACAAAAAUUUUUAGCUUUUGUCGAUCCAUUUAGAACAGGUUCUAAGGAUUAGCCUAAUUUAGAAAUCAUUAAUUAAUCAAGGCUCUUUUCUAGAUUUUUACAUUAAUUUAUAUAAGUCUAAAGAUUUAGAUAAUUGUUCAUAUAAAUCUUAUCCAAAUAGACCUUGAUUAAAUAUUUGAUUGGUAACUUUACACAAGAAUCACGAGGUUUUUCAUGUUUGUAUGAAGUUUAAUUUUAUUAAAUUAAAAUUGUACUCUCUGUAUGUGGUCGCCAUUUUCCUAUGUACAGAGAAUAAUAUCCCCUUUAAGUGAAUAUUCCAUUGUGUAAUAAUGUUUGUAAAGUUUGCGAAAAGUGAUAUAGCGUUAUGAUUUGGGAUUGUGAUUGGUUUAAAGUACAAUGAAAUACAAAAUGAUAAUUCUAUUGUGUGAA